AUGAAUCUAUCGAUUGCACAACAAAGGCUCCCUCAGCUGCUCCGCGCCGAUCCCGGCCAGGAGGUAAAUAGCAGAGCGCGUUGCAAGAUUGAACACAGCAUCCCCGUUGUCGACAAUAGCGAGGACCCAUCCAACAAUGCCUCACCAGAACCGGCAUUACCCCCAGCGAAGAGACCGAAGGCAGCACUAUGCAAGACGAGACCAUUUCCAGCUGCAGUGCCAGACUCGGAAGACGAGGACUCUGCGAGCGAAGCGAAGAGACCAAAUUCAGCACGAGCCACGACGAGACCUGAGCCAGCCGCAGUGCUAGACUCAGAAGACGAGGACUCUGCGGGCGAAGAAGAUGAAGAGCAGGACGUCGAAGAGCAGGAGGUUGCUGAUUUCGACGACUCAAUCAAUGUUGCCGAGUCCGAUAGGCAGCUCCUCGACCAAGGUCGAGCGCUAUUGCAGAAGAGGACUGAAAGGCUAAUCUAUACCGACCGUAACCUCAGCUACUUGCGGAAGGUAGAAAUUAGCCUUGAAGUACUCCAUGCCAGUGAACACCGCAUGCCACAGAAGCAGGACCAGCAACCGUCGAUCCCGACGUUCGCUACGAUCUUCAACCAGCCGCCUGAGAAUGGCAGCGCGCAAUAUGAGAUCAAGUACAACGGCCGCAAGCCAUACAACAUGAUGUCUCGAUCUUCAAAACCAGGACGCCUCGUCUAUUGCUUCCUCGUAGGCUCGGAUGGAAAAGAUGUCAAGUGCUACUUCAAGAACCAGGCUAACAUCACAUUCACGGACUGGCACAGCACCGACUUGGAAGGCCUCAUGAAGCUGAUGUGCAAUUUCUACAAUGCCUGGCCAGAAGCAGCGGCUUUCGAUGAUAAUUUCAAGCGAAACGUCGUCAGAGCUGCGGUCGGUGUGUAUAAACCACAGAGUCCUCAGAUUAAGAUGCCCAAUCGGACGAAGAACCAUGGAUUCACAAUCAACAUACCGGACUAUGACACCGACCAUGAGGAGAUCAGAGAGUUCAAUCGCUACACAUAUACUCUUGUCUCGAUGGACUGUACUUUGCCCAAUCUUCCACAAGACGCCGAGCUCUAUACGAAGGCCCCCAGAUGGCGACACUAUUGUCAUCAGACGAGGCGCGGAUGGAUGGCACGAAUCGAUUCUGCCUACGGAUGGCGGCAUCUUCAAGGACCAUGCCUUGACUUGACACGGCGAUAUGGCAGCCACAACGAAGGAAGCGCUCCUUGCUCGUGA